GAAGCAAAGAAUCAUCAUCCAAUUGCACAACGUUCUGAAAUUCUCGCCUUCUUUCGAUUCACAGAUUACUCCAUCAGUCUCUAAUUCCUUGAAGCGCUUCCUUGAUAUCAACAAACUCAUAGCUCUCGCCAGCAGCGGAAGAUUGUCGCCAUCGUCUCGCACCGCUCUGUGCAUUGUUAGGAAGAUGAUUCAUUGGGGUGGGGUUACCUGCUGCCUCAGCGCCGCCGCUCUUUAUCUUCUCGGCAGGAGUAGCGGCAGGGACGCUGAAGUUCUCAAAACCGUCACUAGGGUUAACCAGCUCAAGGAGUUAGCGCAAUUGCUAGAAUUAGAUAGCAGCAAGCUCCUGCCUUUCAUUGUGGCAGUGUCUGGAAGAGUUGGCUCCGACACACCUAUCAAGUGCGAGCAUAGUGGCAUACGCGGCGUUAUCGUCGAGGAAACGGCGGAGCAACAUUUUCUGAAGCACAAUGAGACUGGUUCUUGGGUUCAAGAUAGUGCUUUGAUGCUAUCUAUGAGCAAGGAGGUUCCUUGGUUCCUGGAUGAUGGGACAAGUCGUCUGAAUGUAGUGGGAGCUCGUGGUGCAACAGGCUUUGCCUUGACUGUUGGAAGUGAAGUCUUUGAAGAGUCAGGGCGUUCCCUUGUACGGGGAACACUUGAUUAUCUCCAAGGCCUUAAGAUGCUUGGAGUAAAGCGCAUUGAGCGCGUUCUUCCUACUGGAAUGCCUCUAACUGUUGUUGGUGAGGCUGUCAAGGACGAUAUUGGAGAUCUCAGGAUUCAGAAACCUGAAAGAGGGCCUUUCUACGUCUCUCCUAAAUCACUAGAUCAGCUCAUUUCCAAUUUGGGGAAAUGGUCAAGGUGGUACAAGUAUGCCUCCAUGGGUUUAACUGUUUUUGGUGUGUUUCUAAUUACAAAGCAUGUCAUUGAUCAUGUUCUUGAGAGAAGACGCCAUCGAGAGUUACAGAAAAGAGUGCUUGAUGCAGCAGCUAAGAGAGCUGAUGAGACUGAAGGUUCAAACGGGGAGAGCGUAUCAGAUUCUACCAAGAAAGAAGGCGCUGUUCCUGAUCUGUGUGUGAUCUGUCUAGAGCAUAACUACAACGCUGUGUUUGUCCCGUGUGGUCAUAUGUGCUGCUGCACCGCAUGCUCCUCCCACUUGACAAGCUGUCCACUUUGCCGGAGACGCAUAGAUCAGGUGGUUAAGACGUAUCGUCACUGAGCAAACUCAACUCAGAACUCAGAAGCAUUACGUAUCGUCACUGAGCAACCUCAAACUCAGGACUCAGAAGCAUUCUCUACUCGAGUCUGGUCUGUAAAUACCGCAAGAUCAAUCAAAACGUUACAAUUUAGUUUUCGUUAUCCCCUCUUGUUUGAAUACAAGAACAAUACAAUUGAAUUACAUAAAAACAUACGGUGUUUGCAGUAAAUUCGUUUUUAAUUAA